GUUAUUUUAAGACAGAUAAUGUAGUGCCCCUCCUAAGCAAAAGAUGGCGGUAAAGUGCCAAUGGAAAAGACACUAAAUUGUCUCACAACGAGAAAGAAAACUUCCUUGGAGACGAAGGACGCUUGAGUAGGACUCAAAGUGGUAACAUUUGUACUUAUUUGCCGUUUUAGCCUCACUAAUUGAAUACCAACGACUGAAAAUUUUAUGAGGGCCAUCGAGAGAGUGAAUGGCACGUGUAAGUGCUUGUUAGCUUGUUAGCUAGCGCCCAUGCUAACCUGAGCAGGAAGAUAAUUUAAAUUAAAUGAAUUUAAAAAAAAAACCGUCAAGUACAGUGUUGUGAUGGCGUUACUAGUCCACUUUGUGUGAGGCUGAGGGGCAACCUGUGCCGUAAACAUGUGGAGAAGAGGCGGCCGAAGCGACGCCCUGGACCGGGCUCAGGCGCUGUUGUCCUCCAAGAGAAGCAGCCGAGCAGCCGCCGAGUCCACACAAACAUCCGCCACUAAAACCUCCACACAUGCGGACGUCAAAAGCCGCCAUGCUCCAACAAAUACAAAUCUGGUGAUGUCAGACACGAGUGACGUGUCCCAGGUGAGUUCCGAACCAGACGUCUGUGGAGCCACUCGGCCUGCAAAAAAACAGGAAGAAGAGGCUCAACCCCAGAGCCCCUUUGGAGGAGGCAGCAGGUUCCUGAAGAAACCACCACCGCCUCCUCCCAGCAGCCAAUCACCUGUGAGGCAGCAGUCACAUGUUGACAGACUGCUGUCCUCCAACUCACAAACGGCCGCUCUGAAGAGGCUCGCUCAGAUCGAGAGUCGAGUCCACAUUCGUCAGCGAGCUCUGGAACCUCUGAACCAGAUCCAAAGUCCACGCUCUGAUGUGGAUCUCUCCUCGCUCUCCCAUGCCCCAGAGGGAGCUCCUGUGGCCCCCUCGUCACAGCCCAGCAGUCAGGGUGGGUCGCGGUUCCUCAAGAAAAACACAACUGGAUCUCCAGAGGACCUGCAUGAAGCUGUCGAGUCCAUCCCUGCUGAAGCCUUGCUGCAGAAGGAUGUGGAAAGUGGUGAAGAGGAUGUGAGGAAGCUUGUGGAAGACGCUUUGGACCCACCAGACGAGAACUUGACUAGCACUUCAUCCAGGAGCAGAGCGGGGACGAAGUUCAGCAGAAAAGUUCUGAGUUCUGCAUCCCCUCCUCCUCUACCCUCUGGAGGUGGUCUCUCAUCAUCCUGCUCUCCUCCUCAGAGAAGAGCUUUGUCUGAGGCCCGCCUCCUCCUCUCCCCAAGUCUACAGCAUUCUGACUCCUCCAGGUCGGCCCCGGAGGAGGUCCUCUCUCUGGAAGAACUCUUUCCUGUUGGAUGCAAUGCAGAUGGCUCCGCCAGUGAGGCCAGCUCAGUCUCGUUCCAAUCUGACUUUGAGAUAAAUGUGAUGACAUUAGAUGACCUUAAUCCCGCCCCCUUGGCAGCCACUGAGGGGACAGCCGGGACACAGUCUCACCAGGCAGAUGGUGAGCAUGUGGUCUCACUUCCGGUUUUGCCAAGCGACCAGUGGGUGGAGCAGGUGGCAGACUAUGAAAGUGACUUUGAGAGUGCCAGCAGAAGAGAGGUGGACAAUGACAUUAUCAGCAGCCAGGUGUCAGAACACCUGGCGGGAGGUGAGGAGGACGAUGAUGUAGGGUCAGAGGUCAAGGACCAUAUAGACACGUCCUGGGUGAGGACAGAAGGAGACUACUCGAGCACUUAUUCAGACUCGAAAAAAUCCUGCACUCUGCGGACCUCAGGUCAUAGUCAAAGAUGUUCCAGCAGUGAGUCCAGGUCACCAGCGCCACCUAGUAACCAUUUAAAAGAUGUGGCGGCACAGACGGAUGCAAAUGCGCUCUGGUUCACAGGUUCUGCAGUGGGCAUGGAUUACCCCACCUACUCCUUGGCUCCCCCCGCUAGAACGUCUGAAUUGGAAGGCAUUGCCACUUUCCAGCCAGACAUGUUGACACUCAACGACAUGUUGAGACAGCAGCUCGCCAUGACACGACGCUUCAUCGAAAGCAGCCGGCAUCAGCAUGCCAGCCUUCUGCAGAGCCUUGGGCCGCCCAGAUACAGAUACGCCACUUUGGAGGACACCAUGCAGUACAUCCGUAAACACACACACACAAAGUGACAGUGGAAGUUCCUCAAGAGAAAUUUGACUCGUUGUCUUGAAUGUAAAAUCAUGUUAAGGAAAGACUCUGAACAGAAGGUAACAUCCGACAGAGAGAACACGGCAAAGAGAUGCUCCACCAAAAUGGAUUCAUUGUCCCUCAAGAGGACCUCCAAGUGGGACAUUGUGUGUGUUGCAGUCUGACAUUGCAUUCAUUUUAUACAGAACUUGUGAACGAUUUGGUAUUUAGUUUUUAUAUGUUCUUUAUUACAAAUUGUGAUCUGCAGGAGAGUAUUAAAUCAUUUAUUUUUCACUGCCCGUUUAAAAAAUAACAUUCCUUACAACCAACCAUGAGAGUAUUGUUGGGCUGUGAAUUGGGAUUCUCUCACGAGCCAUACAGAUGUUUGAAGGCACAAAUCCUGGUCCGGACAUUAGUCCUCAGUAGGGGUCGUUAAAAGGAUAGUGAGGAUGCCCCGCAUCCCGAGGAACUCUCUUCCCAUCCACCUGCAAUACAUAGAGCUCAUUUAAACCUCCAUUCAAUCGUUUGCCACACGGGGGCGUCCUCAUUGCGUUAUUUAAUGUGCGUUUACUUCCUGGGUCACAGGGACAAACACAAAGACCAGGGAUGCAUGGAUCCAUAUAUUUCACUUCCUGAUACGUGAUUUUGGAUAACUGAAGAUACUGAUACAAUUCUGAUACCAGCGCUUUGUUUGCUUAAAUGUGGAACCAAACAAAGAAUAUCAGCUAAGACGCAGCUAGAUAAAUACCAGCAAAUGUCGCGGUCUCCUAACAUGCAUACACACACACACACAGCCUGACGUGUUGAUGACUUCACAGAAUGUGAAAACGUCACACAUACGGUACCGUCUAAAUAUCUCCAUGAUAAUUGUUGCCAAUUUUACAUGAGGCUGUAAUAAACUCCUACGAUGUUG